AUGUACAUCUUCCUGUAUUCCACUUCAUUGCAAGGAUUCGUGAUCAUCGCGAUUGCCGUUUGGGUGAACGGUUUUGAGGAAAUUCGUGCAAAGCAAAUGGAGAUUCGGCAUUCUACGAGGGCCUCUACUCCAUCCCAAAGUGGUGCUUCGGUGAAUCAACAAAUAUUCUCGUCAGGUGUCCUACCACCGCCACAGUUUCUUCAACAACAAGCAGCAGCAAUGCCAUCAACGAACAUCCUCACGUGUCGUCUGUGCCAGGAGAUCUUUUUGGAACCAGUGGUCUUCCCAUGUGGUCACACGUUUUGUCUGGCGUGCAGCGAGAAAUGGCGAAAGCGGCAGCGCGUUUGCCCACAAGCUGGAUGUGAUAAAUCUCUUGGAGAAGCCGUGCCUAAUCUACUUGUGAAAGAAGCUGCAAUUUCCCAUCACGCGCGAAAGAUCGUGGAAUCGAAUCAGCAACAAGCACAACUGCUGCUGACAACACAACUGGCGACCGCACUGCAACAGCAACUCUUCGUCUCAGCAACAGGGAUCGUCAAUCAACCACCACCGAUGAGCCCAUGUGAAGCGAAUGGUCUUUAUGACGAUGACGUCGAGCUACGAGACCAACAAUGGAUAGGCGCUCGAGAAGUGGGUGGUCGAAAAAGUCGACGAAACUUUCAAGCACGAAGGAAUCGUGAUUCUGAGAGGGGCUUGGUGUCGCUUGAACUAACUUGCACCGGUGGACAUCAUAAGAAUAUGCCACCAAUCGUUGAAUCGCCUACUGAUGAAUCGCCUACUCACGAAUCGCCACCUCUGCGACAAAAAGAAACCACACUUGAUCAACAAGUGCGUCAAGAACAAAAAGCCACGCAACCUCACCCACCUCCAACGCGUUACAAUCCUAACGGAGCAUUUGUGCGUGGGACUCGUGGGCGAAGAACGGAGAUUCAUCAAAUGCCGAAUCAGCGUGUUUGCUCCAAUCGACGAUCCUUGACGGCAAUGUUCUUUAAGCGACCAAAAGAAAUGGUUCCCGAAAAAUCUACUGAUGACUUUGCUCUAGGAAAACGUAGGAAUCAACAUGAAUGGGGUGAUGUCUGGAUGGGAGAUAAGCAACAACACGAAUCACAAGAAUCCCCGGACUUGGCUUCUCAUCCGAUGUACAAAUUAAUGCAAGCGAAAAAGGACAAGUCGUUUUGGUCGAAAACAAAGCUCAUCUUCUCGUCGAACAAGGCGAAGAAG